AUGCUCUUCUGUCCCUGUUGCGGAAACCUACUCCUUAUUGAGCUUUCUGGAGACGUCCAGUUUUACUGUAAGACGUGUGCUUAUCGAUACACGCUUAGUGGUCAAAUUUCUCGCAGUUUGACCCUGACCCGUAAAUCUGUGGAUCCUGUCCUGGGAGGCGAAACAGCUUGGCAAGGAGCCGAUAAGACACAGAAUCCAUGUCCAGUUUGCGCAUUUCCAGAUGCCUUUUGGAUACAAAUGCAAAUAAGAUCUAGUGACGAACCAAUGUCACGUUUCUAUCGCUGCUGCCAAUGUGCCCAUCAAUGGAGAGAAGACUAG